UGUUUGAGUCAUCACACAUCUAAAUAUGAAUAACUAAACAGUGUUUGUUUCUCUAGAUCGUGUGUCUCUUUGAUUAGAUAAUCAUUAGAUAGAUAAACCAUAUGUCCUGUCCUAUCCUGAGUGUAACUGUGUAUGCAACUUGACUAGCUGGAUUCACCUUUUGUUAUGAUUUGUUCCAUAUGAAUUAUUAUUAUAAGAAUUCACCCUAUGGAAAAACAUUAGAAUAUAAAAAUAGUAGUAAUUGUGUGUGUGGUUGAGGUCUUGUAACCACCAACAGCAUAAGAUCAAGCAAUAUUUUUAUAUUAUAUGCUCAUCUAUAUUAUCCCAACUUAGUAGUGUUCUACAAGGGAGGAUCUGUUUUGGUCACAUAAUGAAGAGGUUCAAUAACUCAGAAACUAUGGCUUCUUUGCUUUCCAUGUACCAAUCCAAAGAGGUAGAUGUGGAUCAAAGGAAUGAGGCAAAAGGUUACAGUGAAGAAUUUCAAGCAAUGUUAGAUAGAUUGGAGCAAGAAGAUAGCUAUGAAGAUGGUAGUCCAAUGUUGGAGAAGAAAAGAAGACUUGGUUAUGAUCAAGUAAAAGCUUUAGAAAAGAGUUUUGAAUUGGACAACAAGCUAGAGCCAGAGAGAAAAGUGAAGUUAGCUGAAGAUUUAGGCUUGCAACCUAGACAAGUUUCAAUUUGGUUCCAAAAUCGUCGAGCACGAACGAAAACCAAACAAUUGGAAAGAGAUUAUAGUGUUCUUAAGUCCAAUUUUGAUGUUCUUAAGGUUGAGUAUACUAAUCUUCAACAAGAGAAUGAGACUCUAACUAGAAAGUUAAGAGAGUUGAAAGCGAAAUUGUUACGAGUUGAAAGCAAUGAGUUAGAGAAAGAAGUAGAAUGUCCAAUUUCAAGAGGUAUAGAAAGAGGAGGUUCAGAAAGUAAUUCAAGUGGUAUAAUUAAGGAAGAAAGUAAUGUUGAUUCUCCUAUGUGUUUCAAUGGUUCUUUGCCAAGUUCAAUGAUAAAUUUGGUUCAUUAUUAUGAUUCAAGAGGUUCUCAAGAGAAUGUGUUUCAGAAUCAAUUUAUGAGAAUGGAGGAGCAGAAUUUCUUAAGUAAUAGUGAAUUAUUCAGUUUCUUUUCAGUUGAUCAAUCCCCUACUUUGUAAUACCAAGUGAGCAUAAAUGAUAUCUAAUUGAAACUUUGUUUGGUUACAAAAAUAGGAUUUAUCUUUUAUGAUCAUUGAAGAAUGCAA